AUGGAUGAAUAGUUGAAUAUAACUAAUGGAGAGUAUUUUAAAUUAUUGGAAAAAGGAGUAAAAAUUACAAGGGGAGCUGUUUAGAAAUAAUAAAAUAUUACAGAUUAUCCAAAUAAUACUCAGCUACUUAAUGAACAAAGUUCUGGGGAAUAAGGAUUGAGUAGCUCUUAUCAUUAAAGUAGUUUGAAUUAGUAGUCUAUGCAUAAUGAGUAGUUGAAGAAGUCUUUAAAAUAAAAAAAAAUUCAACAAAAGAAAUUGCCUAAUUCAUGUACUUCAUGUGCAAGUUAACUUAUUGAGAAUUCUUUGUGUGAUGAAUGUGUAAUUAAAUAUGAGAAAAAUAAAUAUUGUAUUUUAUGCAAAAAAACUAUAUUUGAAAAAGAUAAAGCAAUAAACAAAUUUUAAUGCGGAGAUUGUGAAUAAUAUGUUCAUAAGAAGUGUGAACCUUUAUUUUAAGAUCGAAAACCUUUUUUCAAUUCAUAUAGAUGUCCUAAAUGUCGCAUAGAAAUUAGAAAAAUAAUUUUUUCUGAACUUAUCAGAUAUUUAACAUAUUUUGAUGACGAAAAAUUAUUAUGGCAAUAUGAUCCAAGUUCUAUAAAAUAUAAAGAAGUUAUAAAAAAUCCAAUAGAUUUUGAUACUAUUCAUAAGAAGAAUAAAAAGGGGGAAUAUUUGGAUAAUCCUGAAUUUAAGCUCUAUUAAGAUAUUAAAUUGUUGCUGUCAAAUUUUUUAGAGUAUAAUUUAUCAAAUCCAAAAGCGCAUCGUAAAGGAAGCAUUUUAAAGAUCAUAUAUGAUAUUUUGUUUUAGUAGUUUAAAGGUUAUUUAAAAUUAACAGAUGAAGAUCUCUUAACUUACAAGAAUAAUAUACAUUUAUUUACUUCUGAAAAUGUUCAAGUUGCUUUUAAAUAAUUCUUAAAUCAUGGAUUUGGAGGGAAAGAUUUAGUUACAAUUGAAGGAAUAAAUAAUUACAUACCAUUAUGGGAACCUUAAUUAUUAAGUAUAACUUAGUCUGUACCUUCUAGAAAUGUUAAAAGCAAUUUAAUUUAAUGGGAAAAGACUAUUAAUAUUAAUUUAGAUUUUGAAAAUGAGGAUGAACCAUUAAUAAAAUUAAAUAUGAUUGAUUUUUUGAAGUAAUAAGUUUAGAGAGAAAUCAAAAUCAAGAUUGAUAUUAAUAAUAUUACAAAUCGUCAUCCAUAUUUAGAUUAUUUAUUCAAAUUAGAUCCUCCAUAAUUAACUGAUGAUUCAAUUGAUUCUCCUUAGUUAUAAUACAUAGUAAAAGAUUUAUUACUUAAAGACUUAAGCACAGUUAAUUUAAUUUAGCCUUUUGCAAUGAAAGUUGGGAAUAUUGAAUUAAUGUUUGAAUACAUCUGUUGUUCAUGUGGUGGAUAUGAAUUUCUCGAUAAUUUAUUAAUGUGUUAAAACUGCAAUAAAACAUAUCAUUUUUAUUGCUAAAUAAAUAGUUCUCAAUAUCAUUAAUAACGAGUUAUUAAGUCUUUAAAAAAUUGGAUAUGCAACAAUUGUGUUAGAUGUAAAGAAUGUGAUAAAUAUGGAUAAAAAAAUGAUUUAUUUUGUUGCUGUUGUAAUGAAUUUUAUCAUUUCUAAUGUAUUUUUAAUAAUUUUAUUGCUCCUACUGAUGGAUUAGAUUAUUGGAAAUGCAAAAAUUGUUUUAAAUGUGUUAAUUGCCAAUAAACUUAAUUAUUUGAUCCAGAAUUAUUAUCAAGAAUUAAGCCAACAACAACAUCAAAUACAGUAUUUAAUAAUUUGAUCUUAGGUUCAUAUUAGUAUAGAAUACUUUUAAAAUUUUAAAUAUUGUUUGAGUUGUGGUCUCGAUGUUGCUGGUUUUAAAUUUUGUUAAUUUUGUGAAGAGUACAUAUAAACUAACAAUGAUAUAUAAUCUAACGAAUGUAUUGAAAUUGAGAAUCAAAGACUUGGAUCAUUGUACAAGAUUUACUUUCAAGAUGUAAAAUGUAAGUUCAUUGAAUAUCUAUAAUUUUAGAAACUGAUGUUAAUAAAAUAUAUUUAAAUAAGGAAAUUAAACCAAUUAAAUAAUACAAGCAAUGUGUAAAAUGUUAAUAAUUUUAUCAUAUUUCUUGCUUAUUGAAAAAUAAAAAAGCUAUCGAUAAUGAAGGAAUAUGCUCUGAUUGUUCUUAGGAUAUGUCUUUACUAUUAUUUAAAUAUGAAAAGCAUAAAGAAUAAAAUAUUAGACAGACAAUAAAAGCCAAAUCAUUAAAAAAAGUAGUACCAGUUAUUUCUAAUUUUUUGGAAUGGUCAUCUCAUUUAAAUUAGAUUUAAGAAACUUUUAUUAUGGAAAAUUUAGAAUAAUUGGAGAAUCUUGNUUGAAGGAAUAAAUAAUUACAUACCAUUAUGGGAACCUUAAUUAUUAAGUAUAACUUAGUCUGUACCUUCUAGAAAUGUUAAAAGCAAUUUAAUUUAAUGGGAAAAGACUAUUAAUAUUAAUUUAGAUUUUGAAAAUGAGGAUGAACCAUUAAUAAAAUUAAAUAUGAUUGAUUUUUUGAAGUAAUAAGUUUAGAGAGAAAUCAAAAUCAAGAUUGAUAUUAAUAAUAUUACAAAUCGUCAUCCAUAUUUAGAUUAUUUAUUCAAAUUAGAUCCUCCAUAAUUAACUGAUGAUUCAAUUGAUUCUCCUUAGUUAUAAUACAUAGUAAAAGAUUUAUUACUUAAAGACUUAAGCACAGUUAAUUUAAUUUAGCCUUUUGCAAUGAAAGUUGGGAAUAUUGAAUUAAUGUUUGAAUACAUCUGUUGUUCAUGUGGUGGAUAUGAAUUUCUCGAUAAUUUAUUAAUGUGUUAAAACUGCAAUAAAACAUAUCAUUUUUAUUGCUAAAUAAAUAGUUCUCAAUAUCAUUAAUAACGAGUUAUUAAGUCUUUAAAAAAUUGGAUAUGCAACAAUUGUGUUAGAUGUAAAGAAUGUGAUAAAUAUGGAUAAAAAAAUGAUUUAUUUUGUUGCUGUUGUAAUGAAUUUUAUCAUUUCUAAUGUAUUUUUAAUAAUUUUAUUGCUCCUACUGAUGGAUUAGAUUAUUGGAAAUGCAAAAAUUGUUUUAAAUGUGUUAAUUGCCAAUAAACUUAAUUAUUUGAUCCAGAAUUAUUAUCAAGAAUUAAGCCAACAACAACAUCAAAUACAGUAUUUAAUAAUUUGAUCUUAGGUUCAUAUUAGUAUAGAAUACUUUUAAAAUUUUAAAUAUUGUUUGAGUUGUGGUCUCGAUGUUGCUGGUUUUAAAUUUUGUUAAUUUUGUGAAGAGUACAUAUAAACUAACAAUGAUAUAUAAUCUAACGAAUGUAUUGAAAUUGAGAAUCAAAGACUUGGAUCAUUGUACAAGAUUUACUUUCAAGAUGUAAAAUGUAAGUUCAUUGAAUAUCUAUAAUUUUAGAAACUGAUGUUAAUAAAAUAUAUUUAAAUAAGGAAAUUAAACCAAUUAAAUAAUACAAGCAAUGUGUAAAAUGUUAAUAAUUUUAUCAUAUUUCUUGCUUAUUGAAAAAUAAAAAAGCUAUCGAUAAUGAAGGAAUAUGCUCUGAUUGUUCUUAGGAUAUGUCUUUACUAUUAUUUAAAUAUGAAAAGCAUAAAGAAUAAAAUAUUAGACAGACAAUAAAAGCCAAAUCAUUAAAAAAAGUAGUACCAGUUAUUUCUAAUUUUUUGGAAUGGUCAUCUCAUUUAAAUUAGAUUUAAGAAACUUUUAUUAUGGAAAAUUUAGAAUAAUUGGAGAAUCUUGUAUCUAACUUUUUUUAAUAUUAAUAAAACAUUGAGAAUAUAAAAGAGGAGCUGACAAAUAAUAAAGAUAUAAGUGAUGAAUAUAUUGCUAAAUUGACUCAAUAUUGGUGUGCUCGUUUUAAUUGGUUUGAAGCUCCAAGAUAAUUAUUUACUGUAACAUAAUAAAAACGACAAGAUUUUGUAUAGUUUUAAUUAGAAAAUGAUUUUCAUGAAAGAUAACUCCUGAUUCAUUUCUUUAAAUAAAAAAAACAAUAUGUUAUUUUCUCUUUAUAGACUAUAAUUGGACAAAAUAAUGCUUUAUUGCUAUUUAAUAAAUUAAAUCGAUUUGCCUUAGAUACAUUAAAUUUAAUAACUGAUUUAUAGUGUAGUUUCGUGCAAUAUUUAUUAUAAGAGAACUAAUAUUAAUAUUUGGAUAACUAAUAUUACACAAAUUAUUUAAAUAUUUUAGGUUAAUAUGAAAAUUCAAAAUAUCUUAAAAUGUAGUUUCUAUAAAAUUAAAAGUAAUAAUUACUUUUUCUUCCAAUUCCAAAUUCGAUUGUCAGAUCCAUUAAGAAAUAGUAUACUUCUUAAAUGGUAGAAAUAAAGAAAUAAUGUUCAAAAGAUCAUAUUUUAGUUUAGAAAGGAUGGUUGAAAAUAGCAACAAAUUAUUUAAAAUAAAAUAUUCGUUAGUUAAGCGAUAGGUAUUCGGAAACUUAAAUAACAGAAAAGUUAAAAUCUUAUUAAUAAAAUAAUUAAUUAAUAAAAUAAUGUAUUAAAGAAAUAAAAUAGCUACAUGAUAAUAAAAUUUAAGAGGCAGAACAAAUUUUGAUAAAAUAGGAUUAAGAAAUGAAAUAUUAACCAAAAGAGUAUAGUAAUUUUUAGACAGAGUAUAUUUAUAAAUACCCAUAAAUAGAUGAGGAUUAAUUAAUAGAAAGUCCUCUAGAUAAAAUAUCUUGUUAAUUAUGUAAAAGAUUUGGAAAUAGAAGUGUUAGUGGAAGAUUACUUUACGUAGAUGAUGUACGUUGGGUUCAUACUAAUUGUGUUAUUUGGAAUGAAGAUAGUAAAGAAUGUGAAUUAACUGUAAAAGCAUUACUGAAAAAUAAUAAUUUUAAAUGUGAAUAUUGUCAAUAAAUAGGAUCUUCAAUAAUUUGUGGAAAGUGUAGAAAAAGAUGUCAUUUUUAUUGUGGUUACAGAGAAUAAUGGGCAUUCACUCAUAAUAAAAAAGUAUAUUGCUAAUCUUGUUUUGACAAUUAGGAAUAUUGUGUAACAAAUUUUAUGAUUUGGAGAAAAAUAGUUGUAUAAUAAAAGUAGGAUAAAAAAAAUUAAACAGUUCUUCAUCGAUAUUCAAAUACAAUUUUGAUUGCUUUAAAACCAUCAGAAUAAAGAGGACAAUUUGAAGAAUUAAAUUUAUUGACAUUACGAAAUAAAAUCUUAUACAUUUCAUUGAAUAUGAAAGAAUUUAAAAUAAGAUAUACUGAAGUCAGUAAAUAACAAUUUCUUAAAGAAUGUGAAAAGAGUGAUAAAAAUAGACAAUUGUAAUUUACAGUUACAAAAUUAAUUUUGGAUAAAUAUCCUUAUAAUGAAUAUAAGGUAUAAAAUUUAUAGUAAUUAUUGGAUUCUUUUAAAGAUAAUAAUAUUUAAGGAAUAGAAUUUACAGAAAAUUUAGGUGAAUUUUUUAUGUUAUAUUCAUAUUAAAUACGUCAAUAAUUAUUGGAUACUAAAAAUAUAUAAAAAAUGUGCAAUUCAGUCUGUUAAUUUAGUCAUUUUAAAGAAUGGUUUUAUUAAUCUUUAUUUGUUGAAGAUCUUCCUUUAGAUGAAAGAAUAUAAAUUUUACAAUAGAUAAGUAGAUUAAUUUCUUAGAGUUAAGUAAAUAUAAAUACUUUAUAUGAUAAUCAUCCAAUGUUAUAUGACAACCUUCCAACAAUUAAACAUCAGAAUAGUAAAUUAUCAAGAAAAGACCCUCAAUAAAAAAUAGUGACAAUUAAUCCAAAUGAUAUAUUAGAGGAAGCUAAUCUAUUAACUGAAGAAUUGAAGCAGAUUGAUAAGUAAGAAGAAUUAGAAAAAAAAUUGAAAUAAGAUUCUAAAAAUUAAAAAUAAAAAAAUAGACUUUAUGUAGCACCAUCAUAUAUUCAUAAAUAUGGACUUUUUACUAAAUAAGAGUAAUUUGAAUUAUAUAAUUAGUUUUAAAAAAGGAGAUUUCGUAAUAGAAUAUACUGGAGAAGUAAUUAGAAAUGCCCUUGCUGAUUAUAGAGAGUUAACAUAUAAUGAAUAAGGAUUUGGAGAUUGUUAUAUGUUUAGAGCUUCAAAAACUAAAGUAAUUGAUGCAACUUUUAAAGGUUCAGAAGCUAGAUUUUUAAAUCAUAGUUGUUAAGUAAUUAAUAUGUAUUAAUUAUAGCCUAAUUGUGAUUCAUUAUUAUUAGAUGAGAAGAUUAUAAUUUAUGCUAAAAAAGAUAUAUAAGUAGGAGAAGAACUGACUUAUGAUUACUAAUUUGAAAUCGAAGCAGAAUCACAAAAAAUAUAAUGUAGUUGUGGAGCUAAGAAUUGUAUUGGUAGAUUAAAUUGA